AUGAAUAAUAUCCGCGUAGCAACUAAAAAAGCGGUUAAUUUUUGUGACUCUCUAAUUAUCGUAAUGGAGGACUACGACUACUUGUUCAAAAUUGUUAUUAUCGGGGAUUCUGGUGUAGGGAAAACAAAUCUUCUUUUGAGAUUUACCAAAAAUGAAUUUCAAAUGCAAUGUGCUUCAACUAUCGGGGUAGAAUUUGCUACAAAAUGCAUAAAGAUUGGUGGAAAGAUUGUUAAAGCUCAAAUUUGGGACACUGCCGGUCAAGAGCGUUAUCGAGCUAUCACGAGUGCUUAUUAUAGAGGCACUGCUGGCGCUUUAAUAGUUUAUGAUACUGCUAAACGUUCCACUUUUGAUCAUAUUCAACGAUGGGUUAAGGAACUGCGCGAGCAUCUUAAUCCGAACACUGUUGUGAUGCUUGUGGGAAACAAAAGUGAUUUACGUCAUCUCAGGGAAGUUUCUAAAGAUACAGCCGAAGCUUUUGCCGAAAUGAACAAAUUUCUUUUUAUUGAGACUUCUGCGCUUGACUCUACUAACGUCGAAGAGGCCUUCACUUAUCUUUUAAAUGAAGUUUAUAAAGUUGCAUCACAAAGGCAUUUGUCCAAUACUGAAGAAGAACUUAAUAACAUUUUGAAGGAAACUGAAAAAAUAAAAUUUCCAAGUUUAGAAUCGCCGAGUGCUCAAAAAAAAUCAUGCUGCUAA